AUGAAAGCCGUGAAGGAUGCAGUAGCGGGAUAUGGUUCAGAACGGGCCAAUGCAACGUAUCAAAAAUCUAAUGUACGACAAGAGGACGAUGGAGCUCAAGGUGAUGAACUUUCUGAAUCUGAAAAGGAGGUGAAUGCAGAUGAUGUACCUCUGAAGGAUCCUGCACAAGAUGCUACUGAACCAUCUGCGUCUUCCGAGUCAGAAAGUGAAUCCAAUCAGGUGAAACUGCUUCCAGAAAACAUGGCUUAUCAAACCAAGCCAGGUGAUUAUGCUGGAUCAGUACCACCAGAAAAUCCACCCUUCGCUGACACAGGGGCGGUCACUCCAAACAAAACGGACUAUCCAGACAUUCCGAUCGCCUCGAAUGCUGUCCCAAAUGCAACUCUAGGUACAGAAAUAAUUGAUGAUUCAAAAUCUGCAUCCUCCUCAGAUAACUCACCAGAAACUUGGAUAGGUGUGAGUGCUCUGGAAUCUCAGAAUUUAGCGCCACAAGAAACCGUUGAAAAAGCUCGGAACGUCCCUAAAAUUUUCUUCGUUCUUUCUUUUAUUGUAUUAUAUCUAUCAUUGGUUUUUGAGCGUAAAUUUUCUUGA